AUGUUAUACUACAUAUCAUCUAAAUUGAUAGAGGAUUAUUAAAACUUGUAUAUUAAGUUCAUAAAAUCAUAAAGUAAUAGGAUCAAUAUUUAUAUGAAAUAGUUAUAUACAUUAUUAUUGCCACAAGGAAAUUUAUACUUAUAAUUAACAAUUUCAUUCCUAUCUUCAGAAGAAUAUCACUUACCAUAGGCAGAUCAGCAGAUUACAAUCGUUUUGUUUGA